GUUCAACCAGUGUCGGCAGCCAUCCCAGGGAGCACGGGUGAAGGCUCCGGAGCCUGCGGAAAGGGGGUGCUGGGGCUUGGUCAGCCUCGGCCAUGUCUGGGGGGCACGCCCAGGACCCCCACUGAGCUGGCCCACUUCUGUCAGCUGAGUGCCCACUGAGUGCCCGCAGCGGCCCCCGCCACCAAGAUGGCAAGUCCUGAGGGGGCCCAACGCCACUUCUCAAAGGGCCUCCUGCUCUCAGCCUCAAUCCUGGCCCUCUGGGUCCCCCAAGGCUCCCGGGCUGCCCUCCGCAUCCAGAAGAUUCCAGAGCAUCCUCAAAAGAACCAGGACCUGCUCCUGUCUGUCCAGGGCAUCCCAGACACCUUUCAGGACUUCAACUGGUACCUGGGGGAGGAGGCCCACGGUGGCACGAUGCUCUUCACCUACAUCCCCGAGCUUCAGCGGCCCCAGAGGGACGGCAGUGCCAUGGGGCAGCGUGACAUCGUUGGCUUCCCCAAUGGCUCCAUGCUGCUGCAUCGGGCCCAGCCCACCGACAGCGGCACCUACCAGGUAGCUGUCACCAUCAAUCCUGCCUGGACCAUGAGGGCCAAGACCAAGGUCCAGGUGGAGGAAAAGCAUAAGGAGCUGCCCAUUACACACCUGCCCAUGAGUGCUGGGAUCAUGGUUGCCAUCAUCAUUGGAUCCCUUGUCGCUGGGGCCCUCUUCAUCGGGAGCAUUGCCCAUCUCCUGUUAACAAGAAGCUGGAGGGGCCAGAGCCACAGAAUGCCUGCUCCAGGAGGCCAGGGGUCCUUGUCGGUCUUGUUCCCAGCUGUGUCCCCAGUGGCUUCAACGGGGCCCAGCCCACGCUUCUCUGAGUCUCUCUCCGCCCACCUGAGCGCCCUAACACAGCCCCCCUCCGUGUGUAGGACGACAACCACAGAGAAGCCAGAGGCGCAGCCCAACCACAAUGCCGGUGACGAGAACAUCUACGAAGUGAUGCCAUCUCCGACCCUCCUGGUGUCCCCCCUCGGUGACCCGGGGUCUGCGAACACCGCCAUGCCCCUGCCCCUGCCCGAGAACCACCACUAUCAGGACCUGCUGAACCCCGACCCUGCUCCUUACUGCCAGCUCGUGCCAAGGCCCUGAAGGGGUCCCAGGGCCCUGGAAGGGCGACGGCCUCAGCCCUCCCCUGGGACCUGGCGCCCGCAGAAAAGCCGUACCAGAGACCCCACAGGACCAGGCCACCAGGGCCGUGGGGCCAACGAGGUGGACUCCAACGAAGACUUGGGCAGGUGUCCCGGGCGGGGGGCAAGAGAUCAUGAUGAACCCGGUUCCUCUUGGACCCUCUGAGUAUACAACCCACACUCAGUUCUGGUCCUUCCAGCAACCUGGCCUGGGCCACGUGCCUGUGAAAGACAGGCUUUCCUUGUCCCAACCCAAAGUACCCCCCCACACACUGGAUACUUGGCGGGGGGGAGAUACUUGCGGCUUGGGCCUGCCUCUAGCCAGACCUCACCGGCGCCUACUUGGCCGGGCUUCUGACCGUCAGCUCGCGACGCCCCACCCCUGCUCCCUGGUUGUCCUUGGAGCCCCUCGCCCCUUGGGACAAGGCAGCCCCCCACCACACAGGCCCCCUAGGAUAAGGCACAUGGCAGGGAGGGCUGGCCUCACGGGCUGUGACCCCAGACGACAGACCUGGUCAGUUACCGGGUAAGACCCCUUCCCUGCCCAGGCAGGGGCAGACCCCGCCCCUCUCCAGACUCGUCUUUCAGAACCCGUGGCCAAUUUCUGCCCAUUGCCCCCACCCCCGGCCCGAAUCGUACCAAGGCCCUCUCUGCCCCCACCCAACCCCAGGCCCCAAAUGUGGGCCCAGUCUGUAGCCCCUUAAUUUAUUCACUCACUCAGCAAUAA